CAAUUUUUUUGAUAAACGUGAGAGAGAGAGAGGCAGAGACAAAACAAGAGAAAACAAGAGAGAGAAAAAUAUAGAGUUUGUAAAGUUGCAAUAACAUUCACAUUAUGCUGAUUUAUUUCACACUAGAGCAUAUGAAUUGAAUUCAAAAGACAGUACUACUAAAGUAAACAAAGUGUGCUCUUUUCUUUUAACACACAAAACACAAACAUGUUUGAUGGAGUCCCAGACCAAUUCCACCAAUUCAUAACUCCAAGAACCUCUUCAUCAUCACUACCUCUUCAUUUACCUUUCCCUCUUUCAACAACACCAAAUAACAACAACAACAACAACACUUUUCCAUCUUUUGAUCCUUAUAAUCAUCAUCAAUUACCACCCCAACUUCAACCAAACAAUCUCUUGCACCCAUUACACCAUCACACCAAAGAUGAACAAAAGGAACAAACCAACACUCCUUCCAUCAACAACUUCCAAAUUGAAAGAGAUCAAAGACAAAUACUACCUCAACUCGUCGAUCCUUGGACCAACGACGAAGUUCUUGCACUCUUGAAGAUCAGAUCCAACAUGGAGAAUUGGUUCCCAGAUUUCACCUGGGAACACGUAUCAAGGAAGCUAGCUGAGGUUGGAUUUAAACGUAGUGCAGAGAAAUGCAAAGAGAAAUUUGAAGAAGAAAGUAGAUUUUUCAACAAUAUUAAUAAUAAUCAGAAUAAUUACGGUAAGAAUUUUCGGUUUGUUACUGAACUUGAAGAGGUUUAUCAAGGUGGUGGUGGUGGUGGUGAGAGUAAACGGAGCGAGGUGCAAGAUAAGAUGAGGAGUGGAUCGAAUGAUGAUGACGAUGAUUCGAGAAAUGAUGAUGUUUUGGUGAAGAAGAAAGAUGAAGAUGAGGUGUUUGAGAAAAGUACUAGGAAUGAUGAGAGGAAGAGGAAAAGAGGUGGUGAUAGAUUUGAAGUGUUUAAGGGUUUUUGCGAGAGUGUUGUGAAGAAAAUGAUGGAUCAACAAGAAGAGAUGCAUAACAAGCUUAUUGAAGAUAUGAUUAAAAGAGAUGAAGAGAAGUUUAGUAGAGAAGAAGCUUGGAAGAAACAAGAGAUGGAGAAAAUGAACAAAGAGCUUGAGUUGAUGGCACAAGAACAAGCUAUUGCUGGUGAUAGACAAGCCAAUAUAAUUCAGUUCUUGAACAAAUUCUCAUCAACAACAAAUUCCUCUUCAAUUUUAGCUUCAAUUCAAAGCUUUGGAAUCGGAAAAGAAGACAAAUCCAAGGUAAUUGCACCUAAACAUUUCUCAAAUUCUACCACAUUGCACUCCCAAAACCCUAAUCCUGAAAUCCAUGACAAAACUCUUCAACCAACAUCUGAAAACCCUAGCUCAACCCUUCCUUCUUCUUCUACUACUUUGCCUCAACCUCGCACUUAUACCGCCGGCGAGAAAGAGGAUAUUGGGAGAAGAUGGCCAAAAGAUGAAGUGUUGGCAUUGAUAAACUUGAGGUGCAAUUACAACAACAAUGAAGAAAAAGAAGGAAACAACAACAACACCAACAACACCAAUAAGGCACCACUAUGGGAGAGAAUAUCACAAGGGAUGUUGGAGUUAGGAUACAAAAGAAGUGCAAAGAGGUGCAAAGAGAAAUGGGAGAACAUAAACAAGUAUUUCAGAAAAACAAAGGAUAAUGCUAAUAGGAAAAGGUCACUUGAUUCAAGAACUUGUCCUUAUUUUCAUCUAUUGAGCAAUCUUUAUAAUCAAGGUAAACUUGUUCUACAAUCUGAAAAGAAUGAAACCAAUAACAACAACAUGAAUCUGCCAGAAGAAAAUGUUGUUCAAGAGAAACAAGCUCCACAAGAUGAAAACAAUGGUGGUGGUGAGUCUUCUGAUCAAGUGGGGCCUGCAUGCUGGUAGUUUCACUAUAUGUAGCAGGUUCAUCAUGGAGGUGAGAAAAAAUUUAUGCAUGUACCUUCUUUGGAUUUUGAUAAUCAGUUUUCAUUUUCAUUGAUUUGUAGAUUAUCAAUGACAUAUAAUAAGUACAACUUUUUUUUUUUAAUUUCUUCAGCAUUAGUUGUUUUUUUUAACAAAAAAUUGUUGUUAGUAAUAAUAAUAUGUUAUAUUAGCAAUAAUUAUGUUAUUUGAAUAUUAAAAAUACAAAUAUUAUUCGACAUCUUAUUUAUAUAUCUAUUAGUUUUAGUUU